AUGUUUCGAAACUCGUACGACAACGAUUCCGUCACCUACUCGCCAACAGGACGACUAUUCCAGGUGGAGUACGCCCUUGAGGCCAUCAAACAGGGAUCAGCAGUGGUAGGCCUGGUGUCCAAGACCCACGCCGUGGUUGUUGCUCUCAAACGAAACGCCGAGGAGCUGGGCUCGUACCAGAAGAAGAUCAUCAAGGUCGACAACCAUCUCGGAGUUGCUCUUGCUGGCCUGGCCCCCGAUGCCCGUGUGCUGUCCAACUUCCUGCGUCAGCAGGCCAUGUCUUCUCAGAUGGUGUACAAGCGGCCCCUCGCCGUCUCGCGUGCCGUCUACGCCAUUGCCGACAAGGCCCAGGGAAACACCCAGCAGUAUGGACGACGACCCUACGGCGUGGGUCUGCUGAUCAUCGGCCACGACGAAGCCGGCCCCCACCUGUACGAGUUCCUGCCCUCCGGAUCGGCUCUGGAGUACCGGGGAGCUGCCAUUGGAGCCCGAUCGCAGGCCGCACGAACGUACCUGGAAAAGAAGUUUGACACGUUUCCCGAUCUGUCGCUGGAGGAGCUCAUUGUUGAGGGUCUCAACGCUCUGCGAGACACGCUAGCCCAGGACAAGGAGCUGACGCUCAAGAACACGUCCAUUGCCUACGUCGGCAAGGACACUCCCUUCACACUGUUGGACGACGACAAGGUGGUGGACUGGCUGGCCAAGCUGGACGGAGUUUCCAGAAAGUCCAACCCAAGACCCACCGGAGGGGAAGAGGCUGCUGAGGGAACCACGACUGAAGGUGAGCCCGCCGCUGCCGGCACUACGGCUGCUGCUACCGAUGCCCCUGCCGACGCUGCUCCCGACGCCGAUACUAUGGACACCACUGAGUAG